GUCGCUGCCGCUGAAGGCAAAGGGUGGGGGUGGGACCUGGGGGGUGGAAGGCAGGUGGUCCCUGGGCGCUGCCUGGGAUCUGUCUGGGAGAAGAGCCCACCGCCUUUGCCUCAGCAAUGCUCGCAAGAAGAUAAGUCGCACUCCCCACGAUCUUGAACGGGGCCAGAUUCCUAGGGAAGGCUCCCUUGGGGAAUGUAGGACUCAUUGCAGGGCUGGGGGUGUUGGGAUCCCGGGCAUUAAUCAGGUCCAGCCACAGAGCCGGAAUAACUGUUAUAUCGUGUUAUAUACCCCCUUUCUCUCUGCCAUCAUGAUUUUCCAUGGCAGCAGCAUUAGCAGUCGCCUGAGGGUGAAAAUGUGGGUGAUGGGGAAGUUGGUAAUGACUCCGCUGUUUCUUCUCAUGGCUCCUUUGGGCAACACCUGUCCGCCCCCGGUAUACACUGUAGUUGAUUGCAGGGAAACCCUGUACCUCUCCCCUUCCUUCUCUACCGAUUUUGCACUUUUCUCUUUGCUCACCACCAAGUGUAAUCAAUAACAAGCACUGGCAAUACAUAGCAAUAGUGAAAUCUGGAAUAACUUAAGAAUUGAUUAGGUACUGCAGCCAUGGAUCUGGCUGGGUAAAACCCAAUUGGAUAUUUCGGUUUCCUUCACCUACCCUGUUUUGGUGGGGGGGGGGGGUUGGGUUUUUCUUUCCCCCCCUUUAUAAUUUUUUUGUUUUGGUAUUUGGAAAGCAGGGAUCAUUACACUCCCCCCCCCCCCCCCCCGUUCCUUAUCAUAAUCCCUUCUCUAAAGAGGGGGAAAAAUCCGGAUGGAUUUGAAGAAUUGGACUGGUGUCAGCUGUGUUUUAUUGCACACCUAAAUCCUGAUAAUAGGCUUUUCAUUUCCCCCCAGAGCCUUUAUUUUGGCAUUUAAGCCAAAUGCGUUUUCCAAAAAGUUAGUUCCAAGUAUUUUCUCCUCUCUGUCUUUCCUUCCUCCCCUUCCUCUUUCCCCAUAACCCCAAACGUUAUUGUCCAAACAUGACUGGACAGCAGCUUUUGUUUCUUGACCCUGUAAUAUGACAGUCUGCUAAUAUUGCCAGAAGGUGCAGUUUUUGGGUUACAGUCGUGAUUUUAGCUAUUCAAUCAUAUUAGCAGGAAAAAAAAAUGACUUGUUUCUGUUGUACUUGAGUCUUAAGAAAAAGUGCCCAUAGUUUAGUGACAAUUUCCAAAGGCUUUAGUACCACCUGUAUUUCAAAAUGGGGGACCCAAACUCCCGGAAGAAACAAGCUCUGAACAGACUACGUGCUCAGCUUAGAAAGAAAAAAGAAUCUCUAGCUGACCAGUUUGACUUCAAGAUGUAUAUUGCCUUUGUAUUCAAGGAGAAGAAGAAAAAAUCAGCACUUUUUGAAGUGUCUGAGGUUAUACCAGUUAUGACAAAUAAUUACGAAGAAAAUAUCCUGAAAGGUGUGCGAGAUUCUAGCUAUUCCUUGGAAAGUUCCAUAGAGCUUUUACAGAAGGAUGUGGUACAGCUCCAUGCUCCUCGAUACCAGUCUAUGAGAAGGGAUGUAAUUGGCUGUACUCAGGAGAUGGAUUUCAUUCUUUGGCCUCGGAAUGAUAUUGAAAAAAUUGUCUGUCUCCUGUUUUCUAGGUGGAAGGAAUCUGAUGAGCCUUUUAGGCCUGUUCAGGCCAAAUUUGAGUUUCAUCACGGUGACUAUGAAAAACAGUUUCUGCAUGUACUGAGCCGCAAGGACAAGACUGGAAUUGUUGUCAACAAUCCUAACCAGUCAGUGUUUCUCUUCAUUGACAGACAGCACUUGCAGACUCCGAAAAACAAAGCUACAAUCUUCAAGUUAUGCAGCAUCUGCCUCUACCUGCCGCAGGAACAGCUUACGCACUGGGCGGUUGGCACCAUAGAGGACCACCUCCGUCCUUACAUGCCGGAGUAGGGGCCUGACCAGCAGAGCGGAAAGGAUCAGGGAGCGCAGCAGCAUUUUGUUUCCUUGUUUUCUUACACUUUAUUCUUUCAGAGUUUAAAGAAAAUGGACUCAUGCACAGAACACUAUGCAUUUUGAAACGUGUUCAUCCUGGAUUUUUUUUUUUUUAAUUAUUUGUGUCUCAGAACUUAAAAAAAAUUAGGUGUCUUCUGCACGGACUGUGUGAAAGAAGAUGCUUUGCAUAUUUGCUGCACUGCAUCAGCAUUCUGCUAAAAAUGUGAAGUGAAAGGACAGUUGUACACUGAAAUGCUUAAAUGUAUCUGAAAGCACAAGGUGAUACUCUUUUUUGAUGGUCUUUCCAUUUAUGCUGGUUUUUGCCUCUCUGACAUCUGUCAUCAGUAUUUAGAGGGUGAGAAGGGAAUGUAAAAGGUAUACAUAACAUUGAAACAAACGGAAUAGCUUUGCCGUAAUCACCGUCGUUCCAGAGCACUGUCAGAUUCAUUCUAAUGACCACAAGUGGUUGUUUAAAAAAAAAAAUACAACCACGGGGAAGAAAUCUUUUAAGAAAAAAAAAAGCAUCUCAUUGUAGGCAUUCUUGCCUCAUGUUUUACUGGGCCAUGUUUGUUUCCUGGUACUCAUAAAUAAAUGUAUGUAUUUUAUUUCCAGAUCUCUUUCCCCAAGUUGUUGUUAUAAAAGAGUAUUCUGCUGAAUGUGGAUACAGUUCUACACAUUAAAGCAGAUCUGGAGUCUGAAGUAGCUAACGCAGCUGUAAAACUGAGAAAUCCAUGCAUAGCUGCAGAAAUCAUAGGGAGAGGACUUUCCUUUUUUGGUUUUUGUUUUUUGGUUUUAAAGAGAAGAGGUUUUUAUUACAAAGAAAAUGCAGUGAAUUGUGCAGAAAUACUGGUUUCUACACCAUCCUAAAAGAAAACUUUAGGAGGGUUUCUUGGAAUAGAAAAAAGUUACUAAAGUUGGCAUCUUAAAUUGUUAAAAAAAAACAAAACAAAACACUGAGUGUCAAAGCUCUAAAAGCAGAACUCAUUUUGUGCAAUGAACAUAAGGAAAGACUACUGUAUAGUUUUUUGUUUUUUCUUUUUAAUGAAGAAAAGCUUUGCUUAAGGGUUGCAUACUUUUAUGGAGUAAAUCUGAAUGAUCCUACUCCUUUGGAGUAAAACUUAGUGCUUACUGGUUUCCAAAUGUAUUUAGCUUCUGGUUGGAAUUUGAAAAAAAUGAAAACCUAAAUAAAAUAGGUGAAAGUUCCCUGACUAUUCAGGUGAAUACACAAAA